AUGGGCCUCCUGUCUUCUACAGUCUUCCUCCACAUCGUCUCUAACCUCACCAUCACAGUCCACACACUCCACACACUCCACAAAUGUCUAUAUAUGCAUCUGAAUCACAUAAAUUCAUUCACAACUACAACCAACAAACCAUUCCUUCACUCAUAACCUGCAAACAAAUGGAUGCAUUAUUAUCGGAAAGUAUUCCCUUAGUACGCAUUUUGACCUCAAACUGCAGCACAACCGCCGUAUUGAACGCCGCUGCAGAAUCAGAAGUGAUGCUGGCUUCACUGAACCCGAAGAAGAAGGCCGGAAGGAAGAAGUUUAGGGAGACUCGACACCCAGUUUACCGAGGAGUGAGAAUGAGGGAUAACGGGAAGUGGGUUUGUGAGUUAAGAGAGCCGAACAAUAAGUUGAGGGUGUGGUUAGGGACUCAUCCUACUGCUGUAAUGGCAGCAAGAGCUCAUGAUGUGGCGGCGUUUGCCUUCAGGGGACGACGGGCGUGUUUGAAUUUUGCGGACUCUGUGUGGCGGCUGCCGGUCCCGAAGUCUAGCAGUAUUGUAGAUAUACAAAAGGCCGCUGCAGAAGCGGCGGAGGCAUUUAGAUAUACGGAGGAUGCGGUGGAGAUUUUGGAAACGGUGGAGUUGCCGGAAAUUCUGUUUUACGUGGAUGAAGAUGAUGUUUUUGAGAUGCCGGAGUUUUUUGCCAGCAUGGCGGAGGGACUGAUGGUUGCGCCUCCUCAAACGGUGGGGUAUGGUGAUUAUGGGGAAGACGUGGAGUUUUGUGCUGAUGAGUCUUUAUGGAGCUUUUAGAUCAUUUAGUGUGUGUAUAUAUGUAUUCUUUUUGAUUUAAGAGGAGUUGAUUGAUUAUCCUCCCUCGUGAUUUGAACCAAUGAGAUACAAUGUAAAAACAAUAAGGAUUAUAAAUCAGUUCUUUAAUAAA